AUGUCGGUGGUGGAAUACGAGAACAGGUUCACCUCACUCUCUCGCUUUGCUCCAGAGAUGGUGAGUAAUGAAGUUGAUAAGGUUCGGAAGUUUAUCUCCAGACUUGACUAUAAGAUGAGGCCGUUGUUAAUAGCACAGGGCAUUAAGGUUUAUUCUGAGGCAGUGGAAAGGGCACUAAUGCUAGAAGCGGAGGCCAAAGAUAAAGAUGCAAGAAGGGAACAGUGGAAGCAAAAGAGGAAUGCAGGGUCAUUUUCAGAGGAACCUUCAGGGAAAAGGAACAGGGGUGGUUCAUCUCAGUUUCAGGGGCAGCAGUCAGCACGAUCCGCUCCUACCACUCCUAUGCCAGCAGGGUCUGCCAAGAGUGGUGUCAUUUGUUAUCGUUGUAAUCAGCCGGGUCACUACAAGUCAGAGUGUCCACAGACAUUAGUUAAUUCUGAGGCUUGUUUUGGUUGUGGCCAACAGGGCCAUAAGGUUAAGAAUUGUCCUAAUCAGGGAGCAGGCACCGGUAGUGGUAGAGGGUCACAACAGAGGCCAUUAUAG